UCAGUUCAAACAGUCAGCUGCUUGGCGUGACAACAAAUUAAAUGGCGGCAGACGGCCAACGGAAAGACACCCUACACCACAGAAAGGCGUUUUAAAUGCUGCUUUUUAAACUCUGACAAAUCAUAUUCCGUGUCCCGAUACGACCAUGGAGCCUGUGUCGUUCGCAGAGGAGCUUCCGGAGAGAAAUUUGUGUGUUGUCGGCUCGGAGUUGGUGGAAAACUACACGGUCUACAUCAUUGAGGUGAUGGUUGGAGAGCAUAAAUGGACGGUGAAGCAUCGCUACAGUGACUUCCACGACCUCCACGAGAAGUUGACAGCAGAGAACAAAGUAGACAGACGUCUGCUCCCUCCCAAGAAGAUGCUGGGCAAGAACUCUAAGAGUCUUGUGGAGCGUCGUCAGAAAGAUCUGGAGCUCUACCUGCAGACGCUACUGCAGCAGUUCCCACAAGCCACGCCCACUGCACUUGCCACUUUCCUCCACUUUAACCUUUACGAGAUCAACGGCAUCACGGCGGCACUGGCUGAGGAGUUGUUUCAUCAAGGUGAGCAGUUGCUGCAGGCUGGCGAGGUGUUCUUGCUGCGUCCGCUGCAGCUUCACGCUGUUUCCCAGCAGCUCCGUCAGGCCAAACCGACAUGCUGCAACGGGGACGCCAAGACCGACCUGGGACACAUCUUGGACUUCACCUGCAGGCUGCGCUACCUCAAGAUCUCCGGCACUCGAGGCCCAGUAGGAACCAGUAACAUCUUGGAGAACAGUCUCCCCUUUGAUCUGUCUUUUUUCAAGUCACUGCUGCAGAUCGAGAUCAGCAAUUGCAAUUCUGAGCAAAUUGGAGGUUUGUCAUCUCUGAGGUCAAGUCUGUCCACACUGAAUAUCCACCACUCCACAGAAACCAUGAUGCUGAUCCUCGUCCCGGAAGCAAGUGAAUUCUCACAGUGGGAAGCAGAGGGGGCGGAGUCUGGAUGCCCCGUGACCGCUGUUGUUCCCCUGUGGGGAAACCUAACCACGCUGGACAUGAGCCACAACGCCAUCAGCACCAUCGACGAGUCAGUGAAACUUAUCCCAAAGGUGGAGUUUCUCGAUCUGAGCCACAACCAGCUUUCUUCAGUGGAAAACCUUCAGCACCUGUACAACCUGGUGCAUGUGGAUCUGUCCUACAACAAGCUGCGCAUACUGGAGGCGGCUCACACCCGUCUGGGCAACAUCAAAACUCUUAGCUUGUCUGGCAACCAGCUGGACCAACUGACGGGCCUCAGCAAACUCUACUCUUUGGUCAACCUGGACCUCAGCCACAACCAGCUGGCCCAGUUGGAGGAAAUCAAAAACAUUGGUGCUCUGCCAUGUCUGGAGAAACUCAACCUGUCCUCUAACCCUAUGUGCAUCAUCCCCGACUACAGAACGAAAGUUUUGGCCCAGUUUGGCGACCGUGCAGCAGAGGUCUGUCUGGAUAGUAAGGUGACAACAGAGAAGGAGUUGGACACAGUGGAAGUGUUAAAGGCCAUUCAAAAAGCCAAACAAGUCAAAUACCGUAUGAGCAGCAGUGACAAGAAGAUCAGUGAGGAGACCAGGCUGUCUGCCGCUGCACCUCCUGGCCUCUCUCCCCCCUCCUCUUCCUCUUGCUGUACCUCUGUUGUCGCCCCUCCCUCUUUUACCUCCUCCAUACCCUCCUUUUCCUGUCAGGCCCGCCAGGCUGCCUGCGCCAGCCAAGAAAUGACUGACAGAGAAGAAAUCGCCACUCUGCCCAGUAUCCUCCCACCUGCACUCUGUACCGGCGCACACAUCACAUCUGCUGUCAUCACACAGGACAGAGAUUCUGCUGGCUUCCUCUCUGAACACUCGCACUGUGAUUCCACUGCAACUGUUAGCACAACAGCCACUGACAGUUGCACAUGCUCCCUUCCUUCCUCCAGACCAGUUGAAGCCACUUGCUCCGGCUGCGGCGCCACCUGGUGUCCUCUGCUUGCUCCUCACCUCCUCUCCAUGACUUCCACCAACCAGCACUUUAUCACUUUGGUCUCUAAGCGUCUCCGCGCUGCUUUGAAGGAGCAGCGUAAGGCAAAGAUGGACACCACGGAGAGUAAGGAAGAGGGAUGUCAAUCCACAGAGAGUUCUUCACAUGUGGAAAGAACAGAAGUGGGCUCCCCAAGUCCAAGCUCCAGGGAUGGCUACUUUGAGAUGGGACUGGAUGAUUCGCUUCAGGAGUCUGACUCGCUCUCGUCCACACCGAUCGCUACUCCUCCGACAGGGCCAAGUGGGCCUCAGUUGAACCCCUGUGAUGAAGAUGAGCUGGAACAGGAAGUCCAAGUCAACAGUGUUCUGUGGUGCUACUGUCUCAAGGUGGAAGAGGAGGCGGUGGAGCAGAAGAUAGUGUGCUUGGUGCUGACGGAGAUGCUACUGGGAUUACUGCACUUAUCAAAUGAUAUCAAAGACCCCAAUCAGGAUGCAGACCCAAGUCCUUGGACCGAGGAUGUAUUGUCCAGUCUUCAGGUGGACCUACUGCUGUGUUUCUCUCAACUCCACCUCCAACUCCAUGCCGAGCUUCCUGGCUCAUGCCUGGCCUUCGGGCUCCAGUCCAGUCCCGCUCGCUACUACCUCUUCUCCGAGGUCCAGGAGCUCCAGCGAACCACAGCUGAGCUGAAACGACUGAUGCUGGUAGCGGAGUGUCAGCCUGACUUAGAGAUGCACAUCGCCCCCCAGCUUUUCCCUCACUCCCUCCUCAACUCCUGGGAGCUGGAAGAGAGUCGGGGAGCCCAGAGAGGCUACCUGACUCUUUUCCUAUCCUCCUCUUCCAUGACCACCUCACACCCGCUCCUGUUGGACAUUUUACCCAGCACGAAUGGGCCGACCUGCCCGUCGCUCCUCUUCGUCACGCCCCGACACGUCUGGGUACUGAAGAUAGACUUCAGAGAGCUCGCUACCUCCUCCUCUGGUUACAGGCUGGUCCGUGUGCCGCUUGGCUCAGUGGUGCUUCACCCCAAUGAGAGAGCUCCUCAAGCAGAUGUCGAGUUCUGCCAGGACCCAAACCACCACUACAGGUGGAGCCAUGUAGUGGAGCUGCUGUUGGGUGGUCAGAGGGUGUUGCUACUUUUCCCCCUGCCCCAAGACAAGAGCGCCUUUCUGGGAGAACUUAGCCAGCAGAGGGGAACUCUGGAGGGGCUGAAAAUGGUUGCUCUGCCGCUUUCCUGCAAAUGUUUGCCACAUCAAGGAAGUGGAGGUCCCAGCAGAACCAGUAAGCAGUGCUGUUGUACAUGUAGCAGAAAAUCACACAGCACCAAGAGCUCUUCUUCUCUCCCACUGGAAGAGACCCAACCAUCCCCCCACCUCACGCCGGGUCUUUCUCCAGGGUUGAAGCUCCUGGCUGGGCUUGAUGGGCAUCAGCUACUGACUUACUUCCACAAAUAUAUAGCAUUGUCAGAGGGGGAGGAGCUGAGACAGGUGUUGUGGCUGUCCGUGGUCCUUUAUACGUCUCCUGAGGCUGAACUCACCUGCUGCCUGUUGCUCUCCACUGAUAGCAUCUACUUCCUGUUGGAAGACUCUGCGGCCACACACUGCCUCCCAGCCAUGGAUGUGACAGAUCCGGACACUAGCGUCUGUCUUUGCUGCUGUCUCACCAUCAGACUCUCUGAUCUGCUUUCUGUCAAUGUGGGAUUGUUUGAUCAGUACUUCAGGCUCGUAGGUCGUUCAGCCGAGCACAUAGUGUGCUGUCUGAGCAGGGACAUUUACGGGACCGGAGUCUUUUUGCAGGAACUGAUGUCUGCUCUCAGUCUGCAGCAGCAGCAGCUCCCCGCUCCAGAGCCCUCAGAGCAGGACUUCUACUCCCAGUUUACGAACAUAAGCACAGGUAAGAUGCACAACUACGAGCUGGUCCACUGCAGCAGGGUGAAAUUCAUCUAUCCCAGUGAGGAAGAGAUGGGAGACUUGACCUUCAUCGUGGCCGAGAGGAAGACACCAGCGAGUACGGCAUCCUCAUCGUCACGCUCCUUCAAUGUGCUGCUGUACCUGCUGGUCUUUCAGGUCCAGAUGCCAAACGACCAGGCUGCUUCCCUCACAGGAUCCUCCUCAUUACUUGGCUCCGCCCACUCACCCAUCCUCCAGCCUCGGACUCUGAUCCUGACCAGUACGGAUGUCUUCCUGUUGGAUGAAGACUAUGUCAGCUAUCCUCUUCCUGACUUUGCCAAAGAGCCUCCUUCCAGAGAACGGUAUCAGCUGCGUGAAGCUCGAAGGAUCCGCGACUUGGACCGGAUCCUGCUCGGUUACCAAACGUACCCUCAGGCUCUGACCUUGGUGUUUGACGACCUGCCAGGCCCGGACCUGCUCUGCCACCUCACCAUGGACCACUUUGCUGUUAAGGCGGAGGAGGAGACGCUGCCUUGCGGGGGCGUCGGCGGGGGAGCCGAGGGUGAGGUGCAAUGGUGCGUCUUCGUCCCGGGAGCCGAGAGCAGAGAGAGACUCAUCUCGCUCCUGGCUCGCCAGUGGGAGGCGUUGUGCAGCCGAGAGCUUCCUGUGGAGCUCACUGGGUGAUCGCACUGCGGGCAACCAGGCAGUGACCUCAACCUCUAGUGGGGGGGGGGGCAGGACCGGUUUCAUCCAGACUAUUACGGAAAUCAACUUCUAGCUGCUCACAAACAACUUCACUGAAUGGUCCGGCGAGGAGCUGGUUGCCAUGGAGAUGUAACGCAAAGAAAGAGCAGUAUUCAGCAUUCUCCUCAAACGUAAUGGAACAAGUUGAAGAAAGGAGAAUGCUUUGAAUGAAUUACCCGCACACUGAUGCCCAGUUUGGAAAGGUGGUUUUCCUUUGUGUUGAUCACCUCCUUGUGGGAGUUGGCUUAGUUAGCAUCAGGAACACAACAAUAGCAUCCAUGUGCACAUUUGCUUGGAGAGCCACCAUCAGUGUUUUCUUGUAUUUAGACAAUAUUGUCCACCUCACUUUCGCUUUUCACGGGUGCGUGACCACAACCACGCUUUCAGUCAAGCAUUUCACUCACUUUUUUUUUUUUUUUUAAAUCUUUCAGUGAGUAUAAGAGAGACUUUUCAAAGAAAAGGGAAAUUGUCUGCAAAGCCAAUCAAGCCAUGCAUGCAGGUGGCAAGUUGUGCUUUUUUAAAAGACAUUGUGCUCCGCCCACCCACUAUUUGGCAAGUGCCCUUAGGAGGGGAAAAAAGGGACUUGCAUGCAGCAGAGUCAGACUUGGCACUAUUGCAGCACAGCACCAGACAGACUGAAUUUAGUGCACAACUUCUUGCACUUGGAUGCGCUCUUAUGUCAUUUUUAGGUCAUUCACACAAAUGGACUGGCUUUUUUUUAAUAGUUAUUAAGUUGUUAACUAGUGAUCUUUAUCUAAAGAUGUAUAUUUAGUCUGUUUUUAGUGGAAUUGAAAAUAUGCUAGUUAGCCUAUAGCUAGGAGCGUAGUUGCCUGCUUUAUUUACAUUACAGUAAACCAAAAAUUACUUUUGUGCAGUAUUGGUCAGACCACUAUUUUAACACAUAAACACACACACAGCGCUCGGCCCAGAGCAAUGGAUUCUUUGCACAUUCUGAGAAAUGAAGUAUUUCUUGAAGAAAAUUAACUUUUUAUUGAUAUUCUAACUACGUACACUCAAUAGCCAUGUCAUUAGGUACACUAUUUCAUAAGUCGUACCAAAAAAUUGUCUUAACGAGGAUAUUAAUGCUCAUAAUUUUUUAUUACUGUGCUUGCACAAUAGUACGGCUCUUAAAUAAUAAUUUGUCAAAACUGAACAUAAUUUUGAAUAGUAUUGUGUCGGGAGUCAGUGUUCCUAAUGAUGUGGCUGCUUCGUGUUUGAAUCUGAGGAAAGUUUUGUAGUAAUUGUGCUCUGUUGUCUUAUUAUUUUUCACAAAAUGACAGUUUUAUAUUGUCAUUUGAGUAUUUUUAAAUGUCUGUUUUUAUAUCAUAUGGUGUAUUUUGUACAUCAAAAGAAACCCCCUGAUGCCCUUGUCUCUCCCCCCUCCCAUCUCUACCUCUUGUCCCAAGGAGAAUACCACUAAAUUAAAGUAUCUGAAGUUGUUUUAUUAUGACCCCACUUGAUGGUCAUUGUCAUGAUUUUCAGUCAUAGAAUUUUUAUUUUUAUUUUUUUUUUUUUUACAGAAUGAGAGGAAUUGUCCUGAACUCCUACUUCCAUGUAUCCGUCUAUAAAAUGCUGAUCUGUCUUUCUCUGAGGAGCAAAAACAUCCCAAAGAAAGAAAAUUCACAUCCACGACAAAAAGUUCUCAUCAGCACUUGCUCUCUUGAUGACUCUGCAGUCGGGCAGCGACAUAGCCACCUUUAAACUCUUUCUCGCUUCCUCCUCUUCCUGUCGGCAGCGGUGGUCGGGCCAUCAAGCUUUGGUGCGUUUCCGUUUGACGGACACUUUGCACAGACCGAGGAUUUAGAUACUGUACAGGAAGUGUCUGCUCAGCAAAACGGCCUUUAUGGUCUGUGAUAGUCGCUUGGUGGCUUCCAGUAGGUCAUGUGUUCAUGUUGGUUUUGAAGAUUCACUUUUCUAAGUCAGAGAUUGUGCCGAGUCAUGAUUGUGUGAUGUACUUUUUGAUUGGACGGUAGAAAACACUAAUGGUUGUAAAUCCUCUUUUCCUUUUUCCUGUCACUUCGGCUGUUUAUGAGCUCAGAGUGCUGAUGGAAACAUUUGUGAGAGUAAGAUAGUAACCGGGACCCCCUUGCUACCUUCAGCCCCCUCUAUUCAUGUUUUCAUAACUUUUUCAUGGUCUUUGUAUGUGGAUGCCGUUACGCAACAGGCCAGUGAUACGUUAUCGAGGUGUCAAGCGUGUAUCACUGUACUUGCGUUUCUUGUGGUUGAUCAGGCAGCCUCAAGGCACCACGAACCUCUGAUAGAACUUUUAUCACACACAACGGUCGCCUGCAGGGUCAGAUAAGGCGUAAUGACACGUGUGAUGAAGGCUGACACUCAAAUCAAAAGAUUGAAAGAAAGUACAUACAUUAGAGGCGGUGUUGUCUUCAAUGAAUGGUCAACGUCUCCUUAUAACCUCUAGAAGCCAGCGUUAGGCCCACACCG